CUAUAUCCGAUGCUUCUUGAAAUAAGUUACUUAACAGACUUGUUGAAUACUUUAACUUCAUUCUGCAUCGACCCUUGGCUGUUAGCAAAACUUUGAGGAAGAAGACAUUUUGGAUGUUGAAAAAAUCGUUUAAUAAGAAACAGGAUGAUUGGACGUUUAAGAGUACCACCGUGUUUCAUAAAGACUCCUUUUCCCGGUAAAUCCGGCAAGAUCGCUAUAAUUACUUGGAAAGAUAUCAAGAAAAAUUGGGUGCUGAUGCCUUUGGUGUUAAUUAAAAUUUGCGUGUUAACCUCCGCCGCUCUGCUAGCCGCCCACAGGUUGUUUUGGACCACGAUCGACGUUCGACUCUACGAUUAUUAUCGUUUCGAGAUUCCUCCCGUUCCACGGUUCUUCGAUCUGCGAAAUCCUCGCCCUUUAAAGCUGGUGAAACUGCAACGAUUGUGCCCAGCGAUUCAUCUGGACAAUCGAUACCGACUGAUGAGACACGAACCGAUGCUGGACGCGGAUGGAAAAGAAACCAAGGAGAUCGGAAAAGACGAGUCUGCGCCUCCUAACAUGAAAGAUGCGUUCGAGAAAAUUCUAAAAAAGGAGGCUUACUACGGGCCUCCAAAGAUAAAAUAACCAAAGUUGCUAUUUAAAUUUCUUUAACCAUUCCAUUGAUAUUUGUAUCUGUUUGUUGAAUCGCUGGACAUUAAAAAUUUCGAGGAACAAAGGAAAA